AUGGACGCCGAAAUGUCAGAGCCCGGCUCGGGCAAGGGGGAGACGAGUCCGCGCAAGGCGUCUACGACAUUUUCCACCCGCUCCUCCCGCCGCACAGCCAGUCCUUCCCGCGCCUCGAAACAGGACGACGCAGGCCCCCCGACGCCAGAGUCACCACCAUUCAGACUGACGCGGAAGAGGGCGGCCUCGCUGGCUGAUAAAGGGGACAGGGAGGAAGCCGACGUCGUCGACGAAAUCACUCCGACUACCACGCACUCUCGCAUGAGCUCUGGUGGUGCAUCCGUGGGUUCUGCAGGCUCUCCGGCAACCCACGUCUGCCUGUGCCAGCCCGACCCCAAGAUCCCACGACCAAGAAACGCCUUCAUACUAUAUCGUCAGCAUCAUCAAGCCGCCAUCGUGGCCCAGCACCCCGGGUUAGCCAAUCCAGAAAUAUCAAAGAUCAUCGGCGAGCAGUGGAAAGCACAGCCUGAAUCCGUGCGGAGCGAGUGGAAAGCCCUAGCCGAAGAGGAAAAGAUUCGGCAUCAGCAGCAGUAUCCAGAGUAUCGCUACCAGCCUCGCCGUGGCGGCCGCCGGGGCAGCCUGUCGCUCAACACCACCUCCGACAAGCAUCACUGCACUAAGUGCGGUGGCCGGAGCAUCACAACGCCAACAACGGCCUUCCCACCCAGCCACAACAACGCCGCCGCCACGACGGCGUCGGCAUCGUCCCCUUCCUCUAACGCGCCAAUGUUACCCCCGCCCACGCCUUCAUCACUCUUGACACCUACCUCCCGCUACCUCCCACCCAUGAUGUCCGGCCUCGCCAUCAACACUUCCGCCGCCGCCGCAGCCAGCAACCCCCAACGUCGCAACAACAGCACGCGGACGACGCCCAACCCUCUCACAAGCCUACACGCCUCCCGCACCCGCGAUGAGCAUCCCAUGGACGCACAGAUGCUGUCGCCACUCUCACCGGACGCUAAGCGGCGACGCUUGCAACAGGCCUACGUCCCACCACCGUCCGCGUCUUCCUCCGGCACGCCUCGCUCUUCCUCCCUCGCGCAACCAGGCACACCCUACCCCUUCCGGCCCGAUCCCCGCCGCCACUCUCUGCCGCGGCCGGAGCUGAUGCACCACCGCGGCGUCUCGCCCCGCAAUGGCAGCACCAGCAUCCACCACGACGGCAGCAGCUCCAACAAUCUCACCCUCCCGCCCCUGCAGACCGCCAACCACCACCACCCCUACCCGGCCGCCGUCCACCACGCCGCCGUCAGCCCGGGCACCCCUGCCGGCGUUGUCAGCGCUGGCGGCGGCGUCGGCGGCGUCGUCGCUGCUGGUGGUGGCGAGCAGCCGCCGGGCAGCGCCAAGACGGUCAUCAUGUCGCUGUCGUUCUGGGGCAAGAUCCGCCUGCUCGGCCGGAUCACGCCGCCGUACCAGGCGACAUCGUCGCCGUCGCCGCUGUCGCCUCGGCAGCAGCAGAAGCAGCAAUCGCCGCCGCGGGUGCGCGGAGCCAUCGUGGCGGUCGAGGGCGACAACGACGCGGCGGCGCGGGCGAUGGCGACGUGGUUGGAGGAGAACCUGAACAAGACGGGGGAAGUGUGGGCGCGGACGGCCGAGGCGCCAAGGGGGCCGGAGACGGUGAUGGGUGGUGGAGAUGGAGCGGAGGGUGAGGGUGCUGGCAGUGAUGAUGGCGGUGAUGAUGGCGGCGCAAAGAGUCCGGAUGGGAACGGUGCUGUCGCGCCGAGGAGGACCGUCAGCCUUGGUGAUUACAUUCAGGUCAUUUCCGAGUGGCAUAGCAAGACGAGGGAGAUGGUCGAGUUCAUCACCACGCCGCCCGGUGGCGCUGCCGAGGCUGCAACGGACGCAUCAACGACAGCAUCGAAGGAUGGUGAGAAGGGUAGUGGCGAGGUGGUGGACAAGAGGACGCCCGUCCUCAUCAUGCCGACGUACAACCUGCGCGCCUCGAACGCGUGGGCCAGCAGCCUCCCUACCGGCGACAACUACAAUCCUCCUGACCACUGGCAGUGGGUGGCGACGCUUUGGCGCGGCAUCGUCGGCCCGGACAUCACCGUCUACAUCAGGGACGUCUCAGCUGCCGAGCUGGAGAUGUCUCGCGGCAGGACGGUCGAGGUGCGCGAGGACGGACAGUCGAAGUACUUGAUCGUGAAGCGCGAGGGCACCCAGGAGCUCGAGGAGAGCACGUUGAGGAGGCUCGGCUUCGAGAUCGGUGAGCUGAUUAGAGGUGUGAGCGGGCUGAACGGGAAGUAG